AUGGUGCGUCGCAGGGAAGGCUACCCCUUCUCACGCUCUCCCGCGCGACCGUCGUGCGCUGCCUCACACCACCCACCUCUCACCUCCCACCGCUGCCCUCCGCGCCCCUCUCCGGGCUGCAUGAUCUCCCCGUACCGUCCAUCCGCUGCCCUUCCUCUCCGCCCCGUCCGUCAGCUCCUGCGCGCAGUUGCUCUGCCCCUCCAUUCACACCUUUCUCCACCGCUCUCCACCGCGCGCAGGUCGUUCUUCGCGUCGGCGAUGGGGUCGUGGGCGCUGUUUGGGCCGCCCAGCUACUGCCUGACGGCGGGCGCCAUGGGCACGCUCGUGUACGCGGUCGUGCGCGGGGCUGCCCGUGCUGCUCGUGGCGUGCGUGGGCGCCGCCGUGCACCGCCUCGUGCCGAACGUGGUGUCCAUGGCCGACUAUGUGCGCCGCCGCUUCGGCCUGUGAGUGCUGCACGGCGCUGCUUCAACUCCCACGGAGGGGGAGGGGUAGGAAGGAGGGUUUUGGGUUUGAACACAUGCGAGCGAGAUGCGGCGUGUGGUGCGUGGGUGGGAGGGCGAGUGUGUGGGGGGGAUCCCGCCCGUGAGGUGGAGUGGAGUGGAGCACGUCCAUGGCAAGGCAACACUGGUGACCGCCUCGCCCAUGCCAUGGCGCGCCCAUGGCUCCGGGCUGUGAGGGAGGGAGAGGGGCACAAGGGGCAGAGGUCGAACGCUUUUGGCUCCGAGCCCCAGGUGGUGAUGCCCCGUUCUCAGUGCGUCCGGCCUGUGUGUGGCGUUGCUCUGCUGUGGCCGCCAUCACUCCACCCGCUGCAUGCUGCUCUCGCUCUCCCUCCUCCAACACUCCCGCCCACCACUUGGUGCCGCUGCACACUUCCGUCUGUCCUGUGGCGCGCCUCGUGUCGUCAGCACGGUGGCAUGUGCACAGCAGUCACAGACGGGGCGUGCUGUGCUGCCACCUCAACGCACACCAUGCCCCGUUCGCGGUUGUACAUAUCACUGUUGGCGGUGGGCAACAUGGGGGUGGCGAUGGCGGCGGAGUACACGGCGCUGGGCGACCUCUUCCACCGCCUGCUGCACGCACCCCGCCUGCCCAUCGUCAUGCUCACAGCCGCCACCGCCAUGCUCUACACCGCUGCCGGCGGGCUCUACGUCUCCAUCCAGGCCCUGGCGAGUCUAAUCUUCACAGCACUGCUCACGGCACACGUGCUCCUCAACUUCCCCUCGCCACUCCCACCGCUGCCCCCUGCCCUGGGGUGGUCGAACCCGCGGGGGGUGGAGGCGGUGCUCUUCAUGCCGCUCUCGCUGCUCGCCACCACGCUCUUCAACGAGGCCAUGUGGCAGCGCUGCUGGGCGUCAGCGAGCGCGGCGGCGCUGCUGGGGGGAGCAGCGCUGGGAGCAGGUGCCAUCACGGCCGUCGUGGGGCUGCUGGGCUUCGCCGGUCUGCUAGCAGCGUGGAGCGGUGUGUACGAGCCGGAAGGCCCGGACGACAGCGGCAACACCAUCCUCUUCUCGCUGUUCCGCGGGCACCCAUGGGCGCUGGUGGCGGGUGGCGCUGCUGGCCGUCACCAUGAGCGAGUCCGCUGUGGACUCGCUGCAGAACGCCACCGUUGA